AUGUCUGAAGAGUACAUGAUCAAGCCGGAGGCUGUUGCCCCCUCGAACGAUACUUCGGAGUGGCCUCUUUUGUUGAAGAACUACGACAAGUUGCUUGUCCGUUCUGGUCACUACACCCCCAUCCCAGCAGGUGCUUCUCCUUUGAAGAGAGACUUGAAGUCCUACAUUGCCUCUGGUGUUAUUAACUUGGACAAGCCAUCCAACCCAUCCUCGCACGAGGUUGUUGCUUGGAUCAAGAGAAUUUUGCGUGCUGAGAAGACUGGUCACUCUGGUACCUUGGACCCUAAGGUUACUGGAUGUUUGAUCGUCUGUAUCGACAGAGCCACCAGAUUGGUCAAAUCCCAACAGGGUGCUGGUAAGGAGUAUGUCUGUAUCGUCAGAUUGCACGAGGAGUUGGAGGACGCCAAGGAGAUGGGCCGUGCCUUGGAGAACUUGACUGGUGCUUUGUUCCAAAGACCACCAUUGAUCUCCGCCGUCAAGAGACAAUUGAGAGUCCGUACCAUCUACGACUCCAACUUGAUUGAGUUUGACAACAAGAGAGGUUUGGGUGUCUUCUGGGCUUCUUGUGAAGCCGGUACCUAUAUGAGAACCUUGUGUGUUCAUUUGGGUAUGUUGCUCGGUGUUGGUGGCCACAUGCAAGAGUUGCGUCGUGUUAGAUCCGGAGCUUUGGGUGAGAACGACAACAUGGUCACUUUGCACGAUGUCAUGGAUGCCCAAUACGUCUACGACAACACCAGAGAUGAGAGCUACUUGAGAAAGAUCAUCCAACCUUUGGAGACCUUGCUUGUGGGUUACAAGAGAGUUGUCGUCAAGGACUCUGCUGUCAACUCUGUCUGUUACGGUGCCAAGUUGAUGAUUCCAGGUUUGUUGAGAUACGAGGAAGGUAUCGAGUUGUACGACGAAGUCGUUCUCAUGACCACCAAGGGUGAGGCCAUUGCCAUUGGUAUUGCUCAAAUGACCACUGUUGACUUGCAAUCCUGUGACCACGGUGUUGUUGCCAAGGUUAAGAGAUGUAUCAUGGAGAGAGACACUUACCCAAGAAGAUGGGGUUUGGGUCCAGUUGCUCAAAAGAAGAAGCAAAUGAAGGCCGAUGGCAAGUUGGACAAGUACGGUAAGACCAAUGACAACACCCCAGAGUCUUGGAAGCAAGAGUACAAGGACCACGCUGACGAGCCUGCUCCUGCUGUCCCAGAGUCCAAGUUGGUUGCUCCAGAGAUUCAACUCCCCAAAAAAUCCACCAAGUCCGAAGAGACUACCGUUGAGGAACCUUCCGUGAAGAAGGAGAAGAAGGAAAAGAAGGAAAAGAAGGAGAAGAAGGAGAAGAAGGACAAGGAGGAGAAGAAGGAGAAGAAAGAAAAGAAAGAGAAGAAGAGAAAGGCCGAUGAUGAGGAGCCAGAGAAGAAGAAGAAGUCCAAGAAGUAA